CUCGCCCGUGCAGUUUAUCUCUAGUCGUGUUUCCGGCUUUCCGCCGACAUCUUUCGCCGAUCACGCCCACGGCCGCGAUCGAGGCUGGGAUCAAGAAUCCCGUGUCGCGCGAUACGUCUCGCGAUAUUUGUCGUUCGCGGCGCGCGAGCAGACCGUCAACCUCGAUGGAUCUGAUGACGCCAUGAUCUAUGUCGCCGUGUCACAGCGCGGAUCGUAGCCACGGGAGAUCCAUCCGCCAGGCCCCCUUUUAACUAUGAGUGUCAUUGACAUCCGCGAGUCCUAUCUCCGGACGUAGAUACAGAGCUACGACGACCGUUCAAUCCGGUAAUCGCUCGCAUCCCGUAAAAUCGUGGAUCGCGCGUUAUCGCGACACCGUCGCCGUCGCGACACAGUGCGUGCGGUAAAAGAGAGAUAAAACGGCCCCCCAAGGUGUGUUCUCGCGCUCGUUCUCGCGCGGAGAAUGUCCCCUCCGCUCGCUCACGUGAAUAUCUCGUCGCGGGAUUUAGCGAAAAACUUGUCGGAGGAUACAUCGGCGAGGGCACGCCGGUCCCCGUGACCGGGGCAUCGUCGUUCCUGGAUUUUUUCACCUGCACUCCGAAAACGGAAACGGCCGAUCCCCCUCCCCCCGCGAAUGACACAUCUCGAUGGAGCGAUCCACAAUCGUAAAUCGAGGAUAAUAAGAAUGUCUGUGCCACCUCCACCACCACCUCCGCAGGCUACUACUUCAGGCCCACCAGCGGGGGAUGACAGAAAUUUACUGCUGCAGUCUAUAAGAGCGGGCAAAACUCUAAGAAAGACAGUUACCGUAGACAAAAGCACACCCGCUAUCCCUGGGAGAGUGAAAGCUGAAUCUGCGAGCCCUUUGUUAAGUACCAAUUUUAGAAGUAAUAAUUCCAGUGUGGCAGGUAGCAGCUCCAGUAAUGGAGGACCUGUACCAUUGGGUGGUUUAUUCGCGGGUGGUAUGCCGAAAUUGAAACCCACAGGGUUAAGAGGAAACAUGACCGAAAAGGAGGGACAAAGUGUAAAUAAUUCUAGUUUUCUUCACUUGUCACCUGGAUCGUCAUCUCACAGUACAAAACGUGGUCCACCUCCGGUACCUCCACCAGCAGCGCAAAAACCGCACAUGUAUAGUCAGGGGCAAAGUACUACUGAUUCCACGGGUAGCAAUCCGGACGCUACGCUACCCAGGGGAGUCGCGAAAUCAGCCAUCGUGCCUAAACCAGUGCCGUCACCCUCCCUGCAGAAACCAUCGCUACCACCCAAGAAGCUGAACUUGACGAGCAGCGCGAGCGUGGCGCGGGCACAGAGUAUGAGGCUACCGCGUUCGUCACCGAUGCUGGCGCCCACGCCGUCAUUCUUGCACCAGUCGCAGGAUUGUCUGAACGAGACGACAACCAUGCCACAACCUGCGAGAACCACGAAUCGAGUCCUCAGGCCUCCCGUGACGAGACCGCCAUCUCCGCCAACGUCGCGGGCGACGAAUACGAUGCCAACGACGAGACUGCCGUCUCCGCCGACUCCGCGAACCAGUUCCACGUUCGCGACGAGGGCACCAUCUCCACCGGUCUCACGGAUGGGAUAUACCGCACCCAUGCCUGUGAUGAGAGCGGCGCCGCCGCCACCGUCGAGAGUUGCAGUUAGCGCACCGUGUAUACCACCGCCACCACCUCCGCUGCCGCAUCGUCCUACGCUCACGCAUCAGAGACUGGCGCCGCCACCACCACCUCCACCGACGCCUCCUACCAGGAGUCUGUCGGUGCGUAAUGGUAGUCAGGCGACAUCGAGUUCCGUCGAUCUGGAAAUGCGAUUCACCGAGAUGUUCCAUCCCAUAUCGAGCUUUCCACCGCCGGAACCGUUUAGGGGUUUCGUUAAAGUCUACAGCAGCAGGAACGCAGCAAAGCAACAAGCUCCAGCUCCACCUCUUCAACCAUCUUCUACCCCUAACACAGUGCAUUCAUUAAAUACUUCGUCUGGGAAUAAACAGUGGCAACACAAUGCGACAUCUUUGGCAUAUUGAAAAACGUCUGUGUAUACUUAAGUCAUUGUCUCGUGACAAUGAUCAUUUGAAAAUUUUUCGAUGCUGCCACAAUAAAAUGUUAAACGAGUGAGCAUGGAAUGAAUGAAUCGAAACGAAUGAGAGAGAGAAAGAGAUCCCGAGAAUUCACGAGCUCAGUUUUACAAUAAAACGUUUUAGACAAUAUUUUCUGUACAGUUUAUCUUAGAAAAAUCUAUUUAAUAUAGAUUAUACUUAUAUAAAUUCUAGGCCUGUUAUUAUCUAACAAAGAAAUGUAAAAAAAUAUUAAAAACGAAAAGCACAUUUAUAUAUAUACAUAUACUCCCAUUCUAAAAACAACGUACUCAUUUAAUCUUCCUAAUCUCACUGUAUUAUAUUUUCCUUAUACUUGUGUAAAAUUAACGGAUAUCACGCCAAAAUAAUUAACUCACGACAUCGUAUCAAUGUAUGAUAAUCAAUUAUUGAUAGUUGCUUGUUUUAGGCAUUAUAAAGGCCAAAAUGUAAAGUUGUAACUUAUUUUUCAAUACUAAUAAACAGUUGCAAAAGCAAUUUGCUGACUUUA